CGGCAGACGUUUUUCAAGAACAGCUAAUUUCGGAUGAAUCACUUCCGCAGAAAUGAAAUUUGAUGAGUUUUGAUAGUUUUGCUUUAAAUUUUAGCGAUAUACUCGUCUUAUCUUCAAAUCAAUGGAGUUCACAGAGAGGCUGGGCAAUUGCCCAUUUGCAUCUCUGAUUGCAUCGAUCAUCGUGUUUGUGGGUGUGGGGCUGUUCUGUGGGGGCCUGUACCGCGCCCUCACUAUCAUCAUCAAGUCUGUUAUGCAGGAGCUGUUUGGAUUCAAUGUAUCAUGGCUGGAGGUUCUGCAGAUCGUGUUUAUUGUGAUCGCAUGUGUGAUGGGGCUGUUUGCCAUUCUCUUGUUGAUCUUCGCCUUCCUUGCAACUGGAGCAACCAGGAAAAACGUGUAUUCUGGGGCCAGUUGCAUCAUGGGAGGCCGUAUCUCGGCAGCUUUUUUCAUGUUCAUCUCCUACCUACUGAACCUGGUGUGGCUGGUGAUCUCUGCCGUGUGUGUGAUUCCAAUUGUCGGCUACCUCAUGGUCCACUCCAUCUGCGCCACUGAGGUCUACAGUAAGGACGCAAACAGUCUCAACGGAUACUGCUUCACACUCACUAAUUUUGGUAUAUACAGAAACCAAUCCUACCCCCUGGGGAUCACACCACCGGGCCGGGAACAACUCUGCGGCCAUACGGAGCUUAGACGCUUCUGUGAUAAGAUCGAGGAAUCUGGCCCCAUGUUCUGUGUAGCACUAGUGGGGUCUGUGUUGAUCUGUCUUGGCAUGCUGCACUUCAUGAUAAGCCUUGCAGCCAAUUACACAAGAAUCCGAAUCUCGAAGGAGCUGACAGACUAUCGUGAUGCGGUGGACAUGGAGGAGCUGGAGCUUCACUCUGCAGUGGACAAAGGCUCCUCCCAGUACUGACAUACGAAGCGCUGGCUGGACCCCACAUCACGACUCACUGAGGCACAGGAAGACAAUGGUUACGAUGACGAUGAUGAGGAUGAAGAUAGCAGUGUGCACUCAAAUGAAGUCGCUGAAAUUACAAGACGAUAGGGUGGUCUAACAUUAGUGUUUGUUUGUGACCCUUAAUUUUGACAUCUGGCACCAAUAUCAUGAAAACAGUCAAAUCUCAUUCUCAGACUCAACUCAAUUUAAAUCAUAAAAGCAUAGUAUGAUAGUAAAUCUUGCAUGUUUUUGUACUUUUUGAAACCAUACUUUUUAAAUAGAAGGUGUUGGUAAAAAUAAAUUGUAAAUAUUUCAAAGAAAAUAUAAUUCUAAAGCAAAAAAUAUACUUGAGUUAUUGAUGAAAAAUAAUAAAUAGUACUCAAUUACUAUUUUGGGUGUUGAAUAUUUUUCCAUUGGAAUUUUGACCGAAGAUUAUAGAAUGCGCUCUUAUAGGGUGUAAAAACAUACAUGAAUUUAAUAGCUUUUGCUUUUAUACGAUAAAAUGAGUUAAGAUUAAGAUUUUAUAAAAGCAUUUUCGUGAUAUUGGGGCCUGGUCUUAAAAAUGACACUUAAACUUUUCGAUAGUGAUUUACCCAAGUAUGUGCAUAGUGAUAGGAAGAUUAAGGGUCACAUAUUCAGUUCAUGGGCCAGUUUGAAUGGAAAAAGUAUCAUUCCGUGUUGGUUGUUCAUAAAUGUAUGAAUGAAAGAAAAACACCCAAGAGUUUUUCCACUUGUCAUUCAUAAAAAAUGUUCCUUUAACAAAUAUUUCUUCAUGACAUCUGAUGCAUUUUCCCGCAUUGUAAACAUCAAAAUAUACAAUCAUAACAUACCAUCACAACAUGCCAUCACAACAUGCCAUCAUAACAUGCCAUCACAACAUACCAUCAUUACAUACCAUCAUAAUCUUUCCUAUGUUGAUCUUUAAAGGUAUUUAGGCAAAAUGUAUAUAAUACUAAGUGUGAUGAAACACAAUAUAUUUAUGUUUUCAGCACCAGGGUGCAUUGUUAUCACCCAAUACUCUUUUAAGGUUGUACUUGAGGAAACAUAUUAUAGUUUAUCAUAAACUAGUUUCUUGUCUUAUGACAGAUUGAAGAUAUUUUUUUCUGCAAAAUAAAACGUGCACAUAAUUUGUUGAACUGCAUUUAAUUAAAAGAUGUACAUAGAAAACAAAUAGACAUAUACGGCAACAACAUUUAAUACAUUCAAGCAAUUAUGCCUAUAGCUUGCAAACAAUGAACAAGCAAUACAGAUGUCAUUUAAACAAUUAGAGUCACUGUAUUUAUGAUAGUUUUAUUGAUAGGAAUCCCCAGAUGUCCUAAUUAUUUGCUUUUAUCGAUGAUAUUUUUAGCUUAGUUUAAUGAAAACCACUUCGUCAUAUAUGUCAUGAUAUUCGAUAAUAGUACUGUUUUUCUCAAUAUGAUGUUUCAUUGCUAUUUGAUCCUUUCAUGUCUGAAAAUAGAUCAUUGAGCUAAUGUUUUUUGUAAGCCUACCCAUCUUUAAAUAAAGAUUCUUGUAUCUUAUUGUGCACAAUAUUAAUUUCCUCUUGAAAAUUGAUAUUAUUGUAAACAGAUUUCCUACUGUCGCCAGAGAGGAUUCAAAAUAGUUGUUUUACACCAAAGUUAUGAAAAUAAGGAAGAAUAAGAAAAACAAAUAAUUAAGGCUUAGAUAUAAAUUUGAUGAUAAAAAGAGGGUACUCAAAAAAAAAUGUUUUUGACAUUCAAAAAAAAUAAUUUGUUGAAAUAUUCACGAAAAUGUUUUAUGAAAUAAGUUGAAAAAAUUUACAAAAAUGUUUUAUGAAUACAGCCCCUGAAGUGGGUCAUUUCACUUUCACAAGUCUCGGGUCGAUUUAGCGUAUUGAAUUAAAUUUUGCCCACAUUGUUGUAAAGUGUAACUUUAUCACCUCUUUAUAUGGAGGUUUAGUAGUUCUUUAUCAGUCUAUAAAGUGCCUUGUUUGUGACUGUGAAUACACUCAGUUUCCGAAGAGGUUGGUAAAUUUAAUUGUAUAUGUGACUUUUCUUCAGGGUUAUUUGUUACAUAAACUAAUGCCUCUUAAAGACAAAAUAGUUUGAAAUCUGAAAAAAAUAUUUUUAUUAAAGGUGAAACAUUUUAUUUACUCUAAAGUAUUUGUUUUACUAUAAGUAAUCUUUCAAAUAAGCAUUGAAUUAUUGUAACAAAAUGAACCCUAAGUUUGAAUACAAUUUAUUAUCAGUUUUAAAUUGUUCAUGUAAUUUUCAGUUAUUCAUGAAUGGUGUAGAGUCAGAUAUUGUUUUGCCAAUGUAAUUGUAUGUUUUUUUUUACGCGAACAUAUGUUUUUCGUGUUGCGUUUCAUUUCCAGUUUUUACAACAAGAACAUUUUAUAUGUCUAGGGAAAGUGAAAUGAAAUUAUGUUGUUUGUCUGUUUGUGACAUCUAUGAAAAUGUCAACUGAAAAAGAUUAAGCAGUGAUACCAAUUACUUGCCCUAUGGAUUAAAAAACAGACAGACACUGAUUACGUUUAAAUAAGGAAACAACAGAAAAUCGCAAGGGGUGUUCAGAUAAUUUUAUUAGCCUAAUGGAUUGGGCAUGGGUUUUGGAUUAUGAGAUUUUGCUUAUGUCUGUAGAGAACAAUGUUUUCUGUGAUGAUUAUAAAACUUAUAUAUCAGGUGAUUUAGAUAAACAUAUCAAGUUAAUAUCUGUGAAUUUUACAAUGUAAUUUGAGUGAUAUUCUAAGAGCAUUUAAAGAGUUGUUUAUACAUGUCCAUGAUUAAAUGUUUCGGUACUUUUUUGUAGUGUCCAUUAUGACCUAUAUAUGUAGACAGUUUCGUUCAUUUGUCGUUACUUUCUCUGUGUAUGGCAUCCAUUUGUAUUUGAGUUUUGUGAAGGUCCUUAGGGUUUCUAAUGGUGAUGAAAGGUAUCUCCUUCAUUUUUAUUUUUUUUGUGAUAUUUAUUUAUUCAUUCAAGUACAGACAAGUUUAGAGACGAUCACUUAUUCUCUUGAUAACCAUGUGUUUUCAAGGCAGAGUACACAGGCCGCUUUAAAAAUUUGUAAAUAUUUACUCUUUGUGAUAUUGACCCAGUUUGUUUUCAAACAAUUGAUAAGAUCUAAUUUCAUGAAGAACACAUAGAGGACUGUAUUAUUGGCAAAUGUUUUGACAAAUAAUAGAGGACCAUCGCAUUGCAUUCAUCACAUUCAAUAUUAUUGUAUUCACCUUUUUAUUUUUCCAUAACUUUUUUUCCAUCUCAGCUUUUCAAUUUUUUACUGAAUGUUGGUAUAUAUGUUAUGAAAAUCAAGGGUUUUAAAGAAGUUCAUUUGACAUCUUUAUUUUAGGCCCCUCUGGUAAGUGUGUAAAUUGGCCUAUCAGCUAUUGUUAGACAUUCCAGCCAGCUUUUGGUUUAUUUUUGUACUAAUAUUUUUAUAUUAUUUAAUGGAUUUCAUUUUAAUGCAUUUUAUGCCUUUAUAAAUACUGUAUAUUUUUUAUUUGAUUAAAAAUCAUUGUUCUCAUACAUAUGUUUAUACCAUAUUAACAUUAUUUUAUAUAAACUAACAUAUCAGGAAUGGUCAUUAGCAUUGAAGUCUGUAAAUUUUAUUUACAUGUUAUAAUGUAGCACAUUUUUUAUAAUAUUCUUUCUUUAUUUUUAAGAAUUUGACAUUCAAUUUGUAUUUGUAAAUACCAUAAUUCAUCAUCGCCCACAAACAAUCAUGUUUGCCAAAAUGCAGGGAAGUUGCAGUUGUAUGUCAUAUUAAAUGUGAACUCAUUUAGAUUUGCUGUCAAUCUUUAUUGUAAUAAAUAUGGUAUCUCUUUUA